UGAGGGCCGUGCGCGCCUGCGCGGCUUUCACGCCGUUCCGGGUCUUGCUUUUAGUUCCGAAAGCAGUUUGAGAGAAACUGAGGCUCCGAGAAGGCGCGACCGCUUCCUAAACCGAUAGGAAACCUAUUUACCUUCCUUGGACCCACUGUGAAAGGCCUGGCCUGGGGUCGUUAGCAGUGUCUCCGAAACUCCAGGCUUUGCCAGCAAGGGGUUGGUUGGUCAAGGCGACAUUUAGGCCUGGAGAGACCGGCCAGUGACGGAUCUUGUGCCCCGCUGCAGGUGAGGACGCGGAGAUUUUCAGGCGUGAACAGGGUCGCGCUCUGGCUGCCUGGAUUCGAACCUGGACUGAGCCCAGCUCGGAGUCCUGCGAGGCCUCGUGGAACCGAGAUGACCCACUCUUUGGUUUGUCCAGAGACAGUGAGCAGGGUGAGUUCGGUGCUGAAUCGGAACACCAGGCAGUUUGGCAAGAAGCAUCUGUUCGACCAGGACGAGGAAACGUGUUGGAACUCGGACCAGGGUCCUUCCCAGUGGGUAACACUGGAGUUUCCCCAGUGCAUCUGUGUCUCCCAGCUGCAGAUCCAGUUCCAGGGGGGCUUCUCCAGUCGCCAGGGCCGCCUGGAAGGUUCUCUGGGGAGUGAGGCUCUUAGCAAGAUUGUGGAUUUUUACCCUGAGGACAACAACUCACUUCAGACCUUCCCAGUGCCACCUGCUGAGGUGGACCGGCUGAAGGUGACGUUUGAGGACACCACUGAUUUCUUUGGCCGAGUGGUCAUCUAUCACCUACGUGUGCUAGGGAAGAAGGUGUGAGGCUGCUGGGUGGCUGCCUCCUCCCGGAAGCCGUCCAGGAAGCACAGCAAAGCCCUUCAAGUUCUCCACAGAAGGUUUAUUGGUUCCUCUAGGAAAGGGCCCCCUCCCACCGUCUGUCCAGGAGCUGCCUUUGAAGCCGGUUCUGGGUUCCCCCAGCUCUGGGUCAACCGUUUUGUUCCCUGAGUGUCUUGAGUCCCUGGUGGGCAGUGUCUACUCGGGGUCGGCAGGCACCAGGUUGCUCUGGAAGAGUUUAAGGAUGUGGUUCUCGAUCACCUGUUGCACUGGAAGCAGAACAGGGAAGAGGUAGGCCAUGAACUGAACGGUGGCUGCAAAGGCCCAGGCCAACCUGUACCUUCCCCUCAGGGUAUGAGCAGGGCCCUCAGCCCUGGCGCCUGGAUGGAGGACCCAUUUCCUCCUCAAGGAGAUCAGAUCCUUGCCAGAGAAUAGCUAGGAAGACAGAGGCCUCAGGAACCUCAAUUUCCCUGAAGUUUGUAAAAAAUGCAUUUUUGGAGGCUUUUCAGUUAUAAAAAUAUUCCUUACCCAACAAAAUUGACAAACUGGAACUUUUAAAGUUGAGA